AUGUCGAAGCGUUUGUUUGCGGAGGUCGACUCCAAUAACAGCCCUGAGAACGCUACAUCAGUUUCUCAAAUCCUAAAGCAUGCUGAAAAUCUACUGAAAACAGUCAAAGCUCUAAAUGAAGAGCUCCAAAAUUUUCGUAACACUUCCGAUAUAAAUGACGAAAUAGUCUCGAUAUUAAAACGCCACAACAACGAGAUAUUACCUACCGCGCAAUUGCUCGCACAGGACGAGACAAGUGCUCUUAGUCAGGAUAAUCCUAGACCACAAAAAGCUCGAAAGCUUGAAGAUGGAGGAGAUUCCAGAAAUUCCCUUGGAGUUAGAGCACUUCCCAUACCAAAUCACGUGUCGCUGACUCGAUGGACGCCUGAUGAUAUACCAAGUUCUGGCCUGCCACCCUUACCCCCUAUCCUAGAUCCAGCCCUCGAGCAGGCAGCACUUACUCACUCGGGAAUGACAUCAGACUCGACGAAAAUGAGCUAUGAACGGCUCGAGUGGAUUGGCGACGCAUAUAUCUACCUCAUGUCUACAUCUUUCAUCUUCCAGACCUUUCCCAAUCUACCUGUCGGGCGAUGCUCUCAGCUGCGGGAGAGGCUUGUUAGGAACGAGACUUUAUUGAACUACACCAUACAAUACGGUAUCGACAAGCGCACGAAAUUCCCCCGGAGUUUGGUCCUCUCGGAAAGCCUGGGGCGACUCGGGCAUCUGAGGUAG